CUCUCUCUUUCUCUGUCUCUUUUCGUUUUCGUUUUCGGUUUGAUUUCUAGGGUUUGGAUUUUCUUGUGCUGGUUCUGAUUCUGCUACUGAGUUGCAGUGAGUACGAAGCAACAACCAUGGGGUCGAUCCCCGAUCCUGGCGAGUUGACCGAGUUGACUCCGCCGAGCUUUGACGAGUUCCAGAGGCAGACCUCGCUGAUGACGAGCUGCACGCUCCUCUGGAGAGAGCUUUCGGACCACUUCUUGUCCUUGGAGCAAAACAUCCUGAAGAAGUCCGAGGCCCUCAGGAACAAAAUCCAGACUCUAGACCACGAGACCAAGGCCUCCCUCAACGAUCUCGAGAAGCGCGAGGUCACCAUCCAAGGCAGCGUUGAGAUCGCACUGGAGAAAGUGGAAGCGAACACGGAGGCUGCACUCACGGCUCUCCUGAAGUCCUCCCACGAGGACGAGAACGGAGAGGUCGACAACGACGAGGGCUUACUGCUGAGUCUGAAGUCUUUUUGCUUCAAAAUGGACUCUCUAGGGUUUUGGAGGUUCAUCACUGGGAAGAAGAAGGAGCUGGACGCGUUGAGGGCUCAGAUGCCUCUAGCUCUGGCCGAGUGCGUGGAUCCGUCGAGGUUCGUGCUGGAAUCGAUAUCGGAGGUGUUUCCGGUGGACAAGAGGGUGGACAAGAGCGAGAGAGGGAAUGAUUUGGGCUGGGCCUGCGUUCUGGUGCUGGAGUCGCUGAUACCUGUGGUGGUGGAUCCGAUGAUCGGGAAGUCGAGGCUGCUGGUGACGCCGAGCGUGAAGGAGCGCGCCAAGGAGAUCGCCGAGACGUGGAAGGCGAGCCUGGAGGAGCGCGGUGGGAUCGAGAACGUGAAGACCCCGGACGUGCACACAUUCCUGCAGCAUUUGGUGACGUUUGGGAUUGUGAAGAAGGGGGAUGUGGAUUUGUACAGGAAGCUUGUGGUUGGGUCGGCCUGGCGGAAGCAGAUGCCCAAGCUCGCGGUGUCGCUUGGACUCGGCAAUGAAAUGCCUGAUAUGAUUAAAGAAUUAAUCAGCAGGGGACAGCAGCUAGAUGCAGUGCAUUUUACUUACGAAGUUGGCCUUGUAGAUAAGUUUCCGCCUGUUCCUCUUUUGAAAGCCUUUUUGAAGGAUGCCAAGAAGGCUGCAGCUUCUAUUUUGGAGGAUCCCAAUAGUCCUGGCCGAGCUGCGCAAUUAGCUGGACGGAAAGAGCAGUCGGCUCUCCGGGCUGUCAUAAAGUGCAUUGAAGAGUACAAACUAGAGGCCGAGUUUCCUCCAGAAAACCUAAAGAAACGGCUUGAACAGCUAGAGAAGACCAAGACAGAGAAGAGAAAACCUGCUGCUGUACCUGCCAACAAAAGAACACGGGCCAACAAUGGUGGCCCCAUGCCUCCUGCCAAGGCUGGGCGUUUGACAAAUGCAUAUGUAUCUUCCUUCCCUGCUGCUCCUACAAUUAUGAGGUCUCCCUCUCAUGCUCAGUACCCUGCUGGCAUCUCCCCGUACCAUUCCCCACCGGCCAUGUAUGGCAGCAGAAGCCCACCAACGAAUCCCUAUGCAUACUCGCCAGAAGCAGCCCCUCCCCCUCUUGCUGGAUCAUACCCUGUUGCUCCCAUGAACUAUCCUGCAUAUGGUGGGUAUGGGAAUGGCAUGGCACCAGCUUAUCAGCAGGCUUACUACCGAUAGACAUGACUACCCUUUGAAGAUGGUAACCACUGAUAUGAUGACCCCAAUCUCAUUUGCUUUCCUCUCAAUGGUUUGUCUGUAAUCACUAACCGUUUAAUGGUAGCGAUGUAUGUGUGUUAAUCUUUAACAUUUGUCAUGCUUCUUGCUGUGUCGUGGUGAGAAGUUGUAUUUCUAAUGUUGAUCAAACUUUAGUUCUAGGUGACUGUGGAAAUUAAUUAGGAUGGCCUGAAAACAGCAUCAAGGACUUUUGAGGAACCACCAGUGCCGUUUAUAUAGUUGUGGAAACUGUUUACCGUUU